CAGCCGGGCUCGCAGCUCGCUGAGGGACGGAAAGACGAGGGACAGGGGCACACGAGCCUCCCCCGGCCGCAGCAGGUUCCUCCUCUCGCCCCCUCGCUGGUGUUCCGCGGCUCCGGCUCUCCCUGCUGCCUCCUUCCUCCGCGCAACCGGGAUGCCAGCUAAACGUGAUGUUGUAAAAUCCAUGUGAGGACGGAAGGCAGAUGCAAUGAUUUGAAAGGUCUGUCUUUGGAGGAAAACCAGAUUUUGCCUACUGGAAGAAUGCAGUGAAACUGCCAGUAUUUCUAGCCGGAAUUAUAAAUUUAAUAUUCAACUUUAGUGUUACUAGUUUCUUACUAAAUAGUACCUCAAAGUAGAAGAAAGAUGUAUGGAAGUGCAAGAACAAUCAGCAACUUGGAAGGAAGUCCCUCCAGGUCCCCCCGCUUGCCACGGUCCCCUCGCCUGGGUCACAGGAGGACCAGCAGCGGGGGAGGAGGGACAGGGAAGACGUUAUCCAUGGAGAACAUCCAGUCCCUUAACGCAGCCUAUGCAACAUCUGGACCAAUGUACCUGAGUGACCACGAGGGUGUAGCUUCUACUACUUUCCCAAAGGGCACAAUGACUCUUGGAAGGGCUACAAAUCGAGCUGUGUAUGGUGGCCGAGUGACAGCCAUGGGGAGCAGCCCCAAUAUUGCUUCUGCUGGACUGUCACAUACAGAUGUCCUUUCUUACACUGACCAGCACGGAGGGCUGACCACAUCCUCACACCACCACCACCACCAGGUUCCUUCCAUGCUGAGACAGGUUAGGGACAGCACCAUGUUAGAUCUGCAGGCUCAGCUGAAGGAUCUACAGAGGGAGAAUGACCUUCUCAGAAAAGAACUAGACAUUAAGGACAGCAAGCUGGGGUCCUCUAUGAACAGCAUCAAAACUUUCUGGAGUCCUGAGCUAAAGAAAGAGAGAGUAUUGAGGAAAGAAGAAGCAGCCAGAAUGUCAGUUCUUAAAGAACAGAUGAGAGUUUCCCAUGAAGAAAAUCAGUUUUUGGAUGCCAGAAGAACAAAGCAUCUGCAAAUGACAAUCCAGGCACUUCAAGAUGAGCUCAGAACUCAGAGAGACCUUAACCAUCUCCUCCAGCAAGAAAGUGGGAACAGAGGGGCUGAGCAUUUUACCAUUGAGCUCACAGAGGAGAAUUUUCGAAGACUUCAGGCAGAACAUGAUAGACAAGCUAAAGAGCUCUUCCUGUUGAGGAAAACUCUGGAAGAAAUGGAGCUUAGGAUUGAAACACAAAAGCAAACACUAAAUGCAAGAGAUGAAUCAAUAAAAAAGCUUCUAGAGAUGUUGCAAAGUAAAGGUUUGCCUUCUAAAGGAAUGGAAGAUGACAAUGAGAGAACUCGAAGGAUGGCAGAGGCUGAAUCUCAGGUUAAUCAUUUAGAAGUGAUUUUAGAUCAGAAGGAGAAGGAAAACAUGCAUCUUAGAGAGGAAUUGCACAGAAGAACCCAACUUCAGCCUGAGCCAGCAAAGACAAAGGCUCUGCAAACAGUCAUCGAAAUGAAGGAUACAAAAAUAGCUUCACUUGAGCGCAAUAUAAGAGAUCUUGAAGAUGAAAUACAGAUGUUAAAGACAAAUGGAGUUCUGAAUGCAGAGGACCGAGAAGAAGAAAUCAAACAAAUAGAAGUUUACAAGAGUCACUCAAAGUUCAUGAAAAAUAAGAUUGAUCAACUGAAACAAGAACUCUCAAAGAAAGAAUCAGAACUUCUUGCCUUACAAACCAAGCUUGAAACCCUUAGCAAUCAGAAUUCAGAUUGCAAGCAACACAUUGAAGUGCUUAAAGAGUCUCUUACUGCCAAAGAACAGAGAGCUGCCAUACUUCAGACAGAGGUUGAUGCCUUGCGGUUACGAUUGGAAGAAAAAGAAACCUUUCUGAAUAAAAAAACAAAACAACUUCAAGACCUCACAGAAGAGAAAGGAACCCUUGCUGGAGAAAUUCGAGAUAUGAAAGACAUGUUGGAAGUAAAAGAAAGAAAAAUUAAUGUCCUUCAGAAAAAGAUUGAAAAUCUACAGGAGCAACUUAGGGACAAAGACAAACAACUAACUAAUCUAAAAGACAGAGUGAAGUCGCUGCAGACAGAUUCCAGUAAUACAGACACAGCACUAGCAACCUUAGAGGAGGCUCUAUCAGAAAAGGAAAGAAUAAUAGAGCGUCUGAAGGAGCAAAGGGAUCGAGAUGACAGAGAAAGACUUGAAGAAAUUGAAUCUUAUAAAAAAGAAAACAAGGACCUGAAGGAGAAAGUUAAUGCUUUACAAGCUGAACUGACAGAAAAGGAGUCUAGUUUAAUCGAUCUCAAAGAACAUGCAUCUUCAUUGGCAUCAGCAGGGCUGAAAAGAGACUCCAAACUUAAGUCUUUAGAAAUAGCCAUAGAACAAAAGAAAGAAGAGUGUAGUAAGUUGGAAGCACAGUUGAAAAAGGCUCAUGAAGCUGAAGAGGAGGCCCGGAUGAAUCCAGAAUUUGCAGACAGAAUGAAACAGCUGGACAAAGAGGCAUCGUACUAUAGAGAAGAAUGUGGCAAAGCUCAGGCUGAGGUUGACAGACUUCUAGAAAUACUCAAGGAAGUAGAGAAUGAGAAGAAUGACAAAGAUAAGAAAAUUGCUGAGUUAGAAAGACAUAUGAAGGACCAAAACAAGAAGGUUGCCAAUCUGAAGCACAAUCAGCAAUUGGAGAAAAAGAAGAAUGCACAGCUGUUGGAAGAAGUUCGUAGGCGAGAGGACAAUAUGACUGACAACUCUCAGCAUUUACAAGUAGAAGAGCUGAUGAAUGCACUGGAAAAAACUAGACAAGAAUUAGAUUCUACCAAAGCCCGUCUUGCCUCGACACAGCAGUCUUUGGCUGAAAAAGAAGCACAUCUGGCUAACCUGAGAAUAGAGCGAAGGAAACAGCUUGAAGAAAUUCUAGAAAUGAAACAGGAAGCUUUGCUUGCUGCAAUUAGCGAAAAAGAUGCAAACAUUGCCUUGCUUGAGCUGUCUGCUUCAAAGAAAAAGAAGACUCAAGAUGAAGUAAUGGCUCUUAAACGAGAGAAGGACAGAUUAGUACAUCAGUUAAAACAGCAGACACAGAACAGAAUGAAGCUGAUGGCAGAUAACUAUGAUGAUGACCAUCACCACUACCACCACCAUCACCACCACCACCACCAUCGGUCUCCUGGGAGGACACAACACAACCACAGACCCUCUCCAGAUCAGGAUGAUGAGGAGGGUAUAUGGGCAUAGCCACUCCUGUAAACCAAAGUUCCAGUUUUGUUUUGAGGGAUGAUCCAGUCACUGUUGGAGGCACAUAGCCACGGCAAAAUCUCAUGCUGUACAUUGAUCACCUGUCCAACCUUUGCCUAGAGUGUGAUCCCCAGUUCCUUCAAGAGAUCCAUCUUUACCUGUCUAUAAAGAAGAAGAGGAGGAGGGAGACAUCUGGGAUAUUCAAGUAUCAAAGUUUAACACCAGAGCAGUUGUCAGAGGAACUAGUGAAAAAGGAAGAAAAAGCUGUAGCACUGGAAGGUAACAAUGAUAAUCUAUUGCAUUGGAUCUCCAAACAUGACCAUGAUAUCCUGGAGAAGAUCACAGAUGCAGAAAAUGAGUGCUAAGGUUGAUAUCUAAUGAAAUGCUGCAUUAAUUAGCAUUUUCUCCAUUAUUUCUUGUAGUCUAUUAGGAAAUCAGAUACUUUGGAAAAUAAUGAAGGAGACUCAAGCAGAAAUUAUAAGAUCUUCAUUUCUGUCCUUAAUGGGUCUUGUGAAUUACUCUGUUUUUAUAAAGAAACCAUCUGUUCAGAAUAUAGUUGUUUCAUGAAAUUCAGUUAAACAGGUUAUUUAGCUAAUUUUUGGUAAACUAAUAUUGGUUUUAAUAGGUAAGUCAGAUUCCCUUAGAUGUGGUAUCUGCAUUUGCUGAUUUUACCUAGUCUAUUCUAAAGUAUCACUUCUAUUGCACUAGAUUAUCAAAGAGGUAUUAGUAAAAUGCUAUAUAAGGGUGUUGGCAUUAACUUUACCCCCAGUUAGAUACAGGCUUUUCCAAAAAAUAAAAACUAAGCCUUUACCCUCCUCUGUUUUCUUUUAUCUACCGAUAAAAUAAUUUAAAUUAAAAACAAACCAAAACCAAAUAUUGAUACUAUAACCGGUAUUAAGCUCUGGGCCAGGUUGGAAACGAAAUCAAUUUUUGGUACUAAUAACUGAUGAAAAAGCUUAGUUUUAUGAAAAUAUGGUGUGUGUCUCUGACAAUGCAUAGGACAUCUAAUUUGAACAUAAAUAUAUGAUUAUAUACAAGAUGUAUCUAUUCCUGGAUGGUAAAAGCUUGAGGUGUAUAUAAAUACAUAUGUGUGUAUAUAUGGACAUGUACACAAGGAUGUAUCAACCUUUUACCAUCCAAAUGCAUACAUGUUUUCAACAAUGAAAGCUGGGACUCUAAAAGAAAAAAAAACAAAAACAAAAACGAGAUUGCUGUGAAUACAGUAUAUGCACUAGGUCUCCUGUAAAUGUGGAACUGUUUGUUAUUCUCUACAUUGAAAAACAGUCUCCAACAUGGACCCCAAUGAAUCUUAGAUGUUAAAGAAAGUACCAAUGAACAAAUAGCACUUGAAGGCUGUUUGUGUCAACAAAAUGUGUCUAGCAAAAUAAAUUUAAAGCACAUGCAAGGAAAAAUAAAAAUGUGAAGUCAUUACAUUCAGUGAGAGACUCUUAACUGACAGUCAGAUCUCUACCACUUCUCAAGGAGAGGUUCCUUCUGACUCCUCAAACAUUUUCAGUCAGUCUGGCAAACAUGUGCAAAUGUUUGGCUGUUUUGUUGAGGCAUCUUUUUGUCCAUGGAAGAAACACUUCCAUGCUGAUGGCAGUGGAAAUAGAAUAUCUGCAUUUUUAAAGGACAAACAAUAAAUUUAAGCAUGGGUGGCCUUAAUCCUUAGUAGUUUUUUUUGCUGCUGUUAAAAAAAAAAAAAAAAAAAAAAAAAAAAAAAGAAAUUUAAUGGAUACUCCUAAAGUCUUGCACUGAAUUUAGAAAAUUUUUUUUUGAACCUGUGGUGCGAUUAACCCUAAACAUCCUACAUGAGCCAUACAUAGUAAUCCCCUUAAAAUAAUUGUCUAGAGAUGAUAUUUUAUUUAUUUGUACCAUGAUUCUCGGUGCAAUCAAAGAGCAAUUUAUUUGAGCAGGAUUCCUGCUGUAUGUUACUCUCUUCAGUAAAUAGAAUAAAAUGUAUAGAAUUAGCAUAGCGUAGAUAAUCUCAAUUUCAUUCAUGUUUAAAAAGUUUGUCCUUUAACUAUCAAUGGCAUUUUAGAUCUUUGUUUUUGAAACAGCAAAGCUUUUGGGAGUAUAUUUAGCACAUAUGACAAAUGUUGCACUUGGAAACUCAGACAACAAAACUGGUUUCUCAUGACAAAUUUGUUGUCGCAGUAGGGGACAAUCGUCUGUGUCUCUUACAAUCAGGUCUUUACCUUAACUCUGCAACCGAAUACUUGAAGUAGGAUAUAAACUAGGGGGAAAUAGGGUCACAGAUACAAAGCUGUAUAGUUAGAUAUUUAUAUGUAUGUGCCAAUUUUGUCACAGAUAUUAUUUUAGGGGCAUUUUUGCUCCACUCAUGUUGGUAUGAAUAUUGAUCUAAACUUUUAUCAGGGCCUAAAAGUCAGCCCUUAAAGAGGAAAAUUUUGUCUAACAUUGAGGUUUUAUUUCUUGCUUUGUUUUGUUGGUUUUGGGGUUUUUUUCUCCUUCUUUUCAUUUCAUGUGAUAUUCUAUGAUGUUUGGAGAAAAUCUUUUCAUAUCCUAAAAUAGAAUCUCGGGGUUUACAAUAAACACUGUGAUGUUGGGAAAUAUUUUAUUUAAGCAAAGUUUGGUAGGUUUUUUUUCCUCCCCUCUGAGUGUAAUGAAGCAAACCAACUUUUGCUUAACAUUUAAGAUAAAGGUAAUUAUUUUAAUGUGAGAUCAGUCUUGUACUGCACAGUCUUUCUUUCAUUUAAAUGUACAGUAUGAAUUUUGUAUUUAAUGAAUUUUGUGUAUCCAGUAUGCACGUACCUGCACAUUGACUUUCAUUUGAAAGUGGGUUUCAAUUUACUUUUUAAACAGUGUUUAUGAAAAGACCUCAGAUGUGUUGACACAAACUAUAUCCGCAAUGUUUCUUUUGUGUGUGUAGGGUGACGUUUGAAUGUGAUGUUCUGCAGCAAUGGGUCAGUAUCCCCUAUUUACCUUAGAUCCUCAUUUGAUAGUGCUUCUUGUAAUAAUUUUUUCAAGUGAGUGGCAUGUUCUGGAUUGUGAUAUUGAUAUAUGGUUAAGGACAUUGAUAUGAAACUAAGGAAUUCCUAGAAAUUACCAGUGGGCAUGUAUUAGACAGUCAUUGUAAUUUAAUGUCUUGUAGAAGUGUAAAGUACCAAGGUAUUUAGAGUUCAUAACAUUGUUAUCAUGUGUAUGGGAAGUAUUUAGUGUUGAUCAGCUUGUUUAUUUUCAUCAAAUAAACUUUUUCUUUCUGAAA